AGUCUAAAUAAGAAUCUGCCGUUAGCAUUGUUUUGAUUUUUUUUCAGGUGCUGACCUGAAUCUGGUCCAUCCCUUUCCGACCCAAACUGUUUACCCACGGGGGAGGGGAGCAGACAGCGAAAUGGAGACGCUACCAAUCAAUCCAGUGGGAGAGAAAAGCACCUCUGAACCGCAACAACAAUGGGGAGGGAACCCCAAGAAGAGCCUUCAUCCAACUACUCAAACUAGGCAGCAGCCCCAAGAGCCUGGAGUUCUCGAGCUGAGAAUGAGCCCAGCUCCCAGCCAACUUCUAGAGGUUCCUCAAGGGGCUGGAAAACUGGCUGCUGCGCUCGAAGGAGACGCCGAGAAGCCCCAUGGAUCGGCUAGUGAGAUGCCAGAGCCCCUCCGCGCUCCGGAUCUCUGGGACUGUCCGGAUGGGAGCUUUGUCAAGAAGAUCGUAAUCCGUGGCCACGGCUUGGACAAACCCAAGCUGGGCUCCCGCUGCCGCGUACUGGCUUUUGGGUUUCCUUUUGGGUCAGGGCUGCCAGAGGGCUGGACAGAGCUAACUAUGGGCUUAGGCUCGUGGAGGGAGGGAACCUGGGGGGAGCUCAUAGAGAAAUGUUUGGAGUCCAUGUGUCAGGGUGAGGAGGCGGAGCUGCAGCUCCCGGGGCACUCUGGACCUCCUGUCCGGCUCACACUGGCUUCCUUCACUCAGGGCCAGGACUCCUGGGAGCUGGAGGCCAGCGAGAAGGAGGCCCUGGCUAGGCAAGAACGUGCGCGGGGAACAGAGUUAUUUCGAGCUGGGGACCCAGAAGGGGCUGCCCGAUGCUACGGACGGGCUCUUCGGCUGCUGCUGACUUUACCUCCACCUGGCUCUCCAGAGCGCACUGUCCUUCAUGCCAACCUGGCUGCCUGUCAGUUGCUGCUGGGACAGCCCCUCCUGGCAGCCCAGAGCUGUGACCGGGCGCUGGAGCGGGAGCCUGGGCAUGUGAAGGCCUUGUACCGAAGGGGGGUUGCUCAGGCUGCCCUUGGAAACCUGGAAAAAGCAACUGCUGACCUCAAGAAGGUGCUGGCAGUCGAUCCAAAAAACCGGGCAGCCCAGGAGGAGCUGGGAAAGGUGAUCUUUCAGGGGAAGAAACAAGAUGCAGGACUGGCUCAGGGUCUCCGCAAGAUGUUUGGCUGAUUAAAAGUGAACCCUUAAAAGGGACAGAAACCUGUGAA